AUCCAUCCGUCUGUCUUUGAUUGUCUGCAAUACUUCAAUCACAUACACAUACAAACAACCCAGACCACACAACAACCACCACCACAAUGUCCGACUCGACGAACCGCUCCCACGCCACCGGUGGCUCGCACGUCCCUCUCGGCGCGCAAGAGAAGCUCCCUCGCGGCGUCGAGGAGGGUGUCCCCAACAAAAUCCACGACACCGGCGACACCGGCAGCAAGUCGCACGCGACGGGUGACAGCAAGGUGCCCAAGGUCCUGCAGGAGGCUGUGCCCAAGAGCGUCGAGAAGGCGCUGCCCAACAAGAUCCACGACACCUCAGGCCUGCCGGACUCGAAGUAGAGGGGUGUGGGCUGCUCGAGUAUGAUGUUGAUACGAUGUCAUGAUUGAUAGGUCGCUGG